UCACAUGAUUCAGAUCUGUGAGUGGAAUAGUUUCAUGUAGUUGAAACUGACUUUAAAUGUUUAAAAGCUCACGGGCUAAUGAAUGACCCUGAUGUACAGAUCCUACACUUUUGUGAACUUUAAACUGAUGUUUUAUGACGCUGACGCAGCAGCACGUGUCGUGUGAUUAAAAAUAGCCGUAAAGUUCAAACAGACGCCAGAGGAGCAUUGUUUCAGAAAAAGGACAUCAUAUCAAACAUGCAGAUCUUGAUCCGCCGAUACGAGCCUUCUGACAAAGAAGCUGUUUUAACGAUUUACAGAGAUGCAAUUGAGGAGCACAUCAAUCCUACAUUCAUGUUUGCCAUGACCCAGCCUCUGUACAUCACUAUAAGUCUGUUCAUUUACAUUGGUUCUUAUGUGAUGAGCGGACAGUCUGUUAUUCUGGCCCUCAUAUCAGGAGGUGCUUGGGUUGGCCUGAUUUACUUCUGUUGCUAUGAGUUCUACUCUGGAUAUGUCCGAGAGAGACUACAAACGGACAUGAAAGACAUCUCGGGUCACUUUCUCAGCCAUCCAGACAACUGCUUCUGGGUUGCUGAAGCCGAGAUGGACGGCAGACCUCAGAUUUUGGGUAUGGUGGCAGUGGAAAGCAAAAAUGACGGCGACGGAAAGAAGUAUGGAGAGCUUUUACGAAUGAAUGUGUCGUCCAGCUGUCGCCGCAUUGGUCUCGCUAAACGGUUGGCUAAAACUGUGGAAGACUUCUGCAGGGAACGUGGCUUCUGGAAGAUCAUACUGUCCACCUCUUCUACUCAAAGAGCAGCUGAGGCACUGUACUACAAGAUGGGCUUUAAACUUACCCUGGUUAAUACUCAAUCUGAGUGCCCACAGUGGAUGGUCUGGAUGACACGAGCAAAGAUUCUGUACAUGGAGAAGGUCAUGUGAUCAUUGACUGGCUGCAGGUUAAAACACACCAGAACUUUGUGUCUUGGUGGUUUACUGUCAAACCUCAUCAGCCAAAUGAAUUCCCUGUUACUCUUUUUACAUGAUCUGACCACAAAAAAUAAUUUUAAUUGAUUAAGGGGCAGUUUCCCAGACAGGGAUUAAUUUAAAACAAGAUUUUGUUAAAUUAGAACAUUUACAGUCCCAGUGAAAUAAAAAAUUACAAUUCUUAUUUUUUAUGAAAAAUUGCAGCGUUUAUAGUAAAUAGCUUAUCAAUGUGGGUCAUUUUCUUUUUAAAAUUUAUGUACCCUCAUCAUCUUUAUGAAUUCACUUGAAAUGACAAUCCAGCUCAAAUUAUGUAAAUUAGACUGCUUGGGCGGAGCUUCUUUUAACUCCUCCCCUUCAACUGUCAGUCUGCUGCCAGUUUCAUUUCAAAUUGCAACAGCUGUUUUUACACAUCCUAUUAAUUCGCAAUGAAAAACGCAAGGCACGCUCACUUAUUUUCUCCUUAGAAAUUCCUUUUCACUCGGAAAUGUGUGAAAGAGUACGGAAGUAAAAACGAUCGCAACAUCCGGUUCAAGGGGACUUUAAAAUCAGCAUGAAACAUAUCUAGAAUUUUUUUUCCUCCAUCGUGUGAUGCACCCGAGUGACAUGAUUUCUGAAAUGAUAAUUUUUUUAGGGCAGGCCUUGAUUUCAUCCACCGCCAACUGAUUGGAUUGUUAAAAGAUAAAAGAUUUGAAUGGCAGUUUGCAGUCUGUCAGUCAUUGAAGCCCCGCCCUCACGCUAUUCCUCCUGAUCAGAAGUGAAGAGAGGUAGUUUCCAGACGGGGAGGAGCUUAACGUGUUUGAUUAAAGAUAAUAAGUGCAAAAUAAUAAAAAAACGAUGUGCACAGAUAAAUAAUUUAUGAUAAAUACUUCUCCACUGUGUAAAACAUUAAAAAUGAUCAUUUUUAAUUUCAUGUCGACUAUAAGCCGUUUUUGCAAUCAUGCCUUGCCAAAAAGCUUUACUGGUGUGCAUUUUGAGACAAAACAAGGCAGUUAUGUAUUUUAAAUAUGUCACUGAUAGCUAUUUUCAGUUUUGACAGUCAUUUGGUGAAGGACUAAUCUUAAGCCUUGUCCGGGGAAACAGCCCCUUAAUGUAAUAAGAUUGACGUUUUAUAUACACGACGAACAAUUUUAUUUAGCUGUUUCACAAUCCUGGUUACAUCAUUGUACUUUUUUAGCACAUGCUAAAUGACAUAAACACAAUUCGAUUAAAGAUAUUACAAGUUUGAAUUAAGAUCUGUUUUCUUAGUAACUACUUGCUUGUUGAGCAACGUAUAAUGUGUUAUUUAUUCUUACCUUUACAGGACAAACCCCAAUCGAUGCCCAUUUAACCUAUUCAUCUUUGAAUUACUGUAUGACAUCCACAGUCAGGGCCCGGUUUUUCAAAAGUAAUCCACUAGGAUUUUGGAUAACGGAUUGGAUCAAAUCUUGAAAAUGUGUUUUUCAAAAGAAAAAACGGAUUACAUAAUCGGAUCAGAUCACGUAAUCCAAUCUUGGUUUUGAUCUGGAUCAAACCUUUAGUUUGGGUUUUUCAGAACUUUUUUGUAGGAUCUGGAUCACUUUGAUCCAAAAAAUCUGGAUUAAACUGAUCCCAUCAGAA